CACCGCUACCACGCCGAGGUCACACUCCCCGCAUCUUCUCCAUCUCCUCCUCCUCCUCCUCCUCCUCCAUCCAUGGCGACAAUCAUCGAUGGGAAAGCCAUCGCCCAAACCAUCCGAAACGAGAUCGCCCAGGAGGUUCGAUCCCUCUCCGACGCUCACCACAAGGUUCCGGGGCUCGCGGUGGUGAUCGUGGGGACGCGGAAGGACUCGCAGAGCUACGUGAACAUGAAGCGCAAGGCAUGCGCGGAGGUCGGGAUCCGCUCCUUCGAUCUCGAUCUCCCUGAGCAGAUCUCCGAAUCCGAGCUCAUUGCGAAGGUCCACGAAUUGAAUGCGAAUCCCGAUGUUCACGGAAUAUUGGUUCAACUUCCAUUGCCAAAACAUAUAAAUGAUGAGAAAGUCCUAAGUGAGAUUAAUAUUGAUAAAGAUGUUGAUGGAUUUCACCCACUCAAUAUUGGCAAGCUAGCUAUGAAAGGGAGAGAGCCAUUAUUUCUCCCCUGCACACCGAAGGGAUGCCUAGAGCUUCUAUCACGAAGUGGAAUUACUAUAAAAGGCAAAAGGGCUGUUGUUGUUGGCCGUAGCAAUAUUGUUGGAUUACCUGUAGCAUUGCUUCUUCUGAAAGCAGAUGCAACUGUGACGAUCGUUCACUCCCAUACUCCCGAUUCAGAAACCAUUAUUCGUGAAGCCGACAUUGUCAUUGCUGCAGCUGGACAAGCCAUGAUGAUCAAGGGAGAUUGGAUAAAACCUGGUGCUGCAGUCAUUGACGUGGGAACGAAUGCAGUUGAUGAUCCCAGCAAGAAAUCGGGUUACAGGCUCGUCGGGGAUGUCGACUUCCAAGAAGCAAGCAGAGUGGCGGGAUGGAUCACUCCCGUGCCGGGGGGUGUUGGCCCGAUGACCGUCGCGAUGUUGCUCAAGAACACACUAGAUGGAGCUAAGCGAAAGAUCGCACAGUGAGAUAUCGUUUCUUGAUUUCAACUAAGUGCUUUCUUGUACAUUUUGGGUAAUAAAUUUUAAUGGAAUUGAUUAUGUGAGAUUGUUGCCCAAUUCAGCUACUAAUGUUUAACUUUGACAUGUACAACAGUUCUUUAAGUAGAAGAUGAUGAGAACAGUUUUUCUCGAACAAUGAAUUAUAAUUCUAUUUUAAGUGUCAACAGUUUACUCGCAAUAAAUAUGACACGAUGAUA